AGCCCUGAGGCUGCUGUGAGAAGCAGUGCUGCACCGGAGGACUGUGAACCCAUCAACGGAAGAGGGGGGCUGGGAAAGAUGUGGAAGGCGGUCGUGGGCCACGACGUGUCGGUGAAGGUGGAGGCACAGAGUGAUGACUGGGACACCGACCCCGACUUUGUGAACGACAUCUCCGAAAAGGAGCAGCGAUGGGGGGCGAAGAGCAUCGCGGGCUCCGGGCGGGCCGAGCACAUCGACAUCCAUCAGCUGAGGAGCAGAGUGUCGGAGGAGCACGAGGUCAUCAAGAAGAAGGAGCUGGAGAGCGGCCCGAAGGCCUCGUAUGGCUACGGGGGCAAAUUUGGCACGGAGCGGGACCGAAUGGACAAGUGUGCCGUGGGCCACGAGUACGUCGCCGAUGUCGGGAAGCAUUCCUCACAGACUGAUGCGGCUCAGGGCUUCGGGGGGAAGUACGGCGUGCAGCGGGACCGAGCCGACAAGUCAGCGCUGGGGUUUGAAUACAAGGGAGAAGUGGAGAAGCAUUCAUCCCAGAAAGAUUACUCCAAGGGUUUUGGUGGCCGUUACGGUGUGGAGAGGGACAAAGUGGACAAAGCAGCAGUGGGGUUUGACUACAAGAGCCAGACGGAGAAGCACGACUCACAGAAAGAUUAUUCGGUGGGCUUUGGUGGGAAGUUUGGAGUCCAGAGGGAUCGUCAGGACAAGAGUGCUCUGGGCUGGGACCACCAGGAGGAGGUGCAGCCCCACGCCUCCCAGACAGACUAUGCCAGGGGGUUUGGAGGCCGCUAUGGGGUCCAGAAGGACAGGGUGGAUAAGAGUGCUGCUGGCUUUGACGAGAUGGAAGGUCCAACGUCCAGAUAUGAGAAAACACGACCAGUGGAGGCAGCUUCCAGCAGUGCCAGCAGCCUGCGGUCACGGUUUGAGAACAUGGCUAAGUUGGCAGAUGAGGAGAGCAGGAGGCAGGUGGAAGAGGAGCGGGCCAGGCGGCAACGGGAGGGCCAGGCGGCACGGCGAAAGCAGGAAAUCCCACAAAGAGAGACGGACCGCACAGAGCCACCUCCUGCCCCUGUGCCUGCGAGGGUCCCUGCGAGAGCUGAGCAGGAGCCCAUGCCACAAGGAGAGCAGGAGGCAAAAGGAGAGGAGGAGGAGGAGGAGGAGACAGCACCUGCGUUGCCCCCAAGGCAAGCAGAUCUGAACCAGGAGGAGGAGGAGGAGCCCAUCUACAGCGAGACUUUUGAUGGUGGAGACUACGAGGAGCUGCUGGAGUGCUCCGACUACUGCGACAGCGUCAGUGCAGGCGCUGACUACGAGGAGCUGCCGGCACCCGCGGCAAAGCCGAGUGCCACCCCCAGCCUGGGAGAGGAGGAUGAAGGGGAGGACUAUGACGAGGUCAUUCCCGAGGAGCCCAGCCAGAGUCAGCCCUGCGGGGGGGGAACGGACAGCAUUUAUGAGGUGGAGAGUCCUGGGAUCUGUGCAGUGGCCCUCUACGAUUACCAAGGAGAUGGAGAUGAUGAGAUUUCCUUUGAUCCUGAUGACACCAUCACACACAUCGAGAUGGUGGAUGAAGGCUGGUGGAGAGGGCAGUGCCACGGCAAAGUGGGGCUCUUCCCUGCAAACUACGUGAAGCUCCUGCAGUGAGGCCGUGCUCCAUCUGCCUCCUCCUGAACCUUCACCUCUCUCUGCUUCAGCCCUUUAUGCAUUAUUAGCUUGAUUUGACUCUGCUUGGCGUGGCUGCAUGCAAGGAAUAGCAGCGAACAAACCAGCCGUGUGGGAGGAAAUGUCCAGGAUGUAUUCUGAUUCCCAUCCCACUGAGAAAGGUGGGAUGGUCCCAGAACUUAUGGGUGUGAUGUGCGAUGCCUUUUCUGUCUGGGUCAUCCCAUGCAUCAGCCGCAGGGCGUGCAGGAGAGCUGUGUCCAUUUCUGUUCCAGCAGGGAGCAGUGACCACAGGGACGUGGCACUUGGGGACAUGGGCAGCAGGAUGAGCUGGGGCUGGAUUGGGGUUGCACUGGGGAUCUCAGAGGUCUUUUCCAACCUCAGUGGUUGUGUGGUUCUACCCAUAGGGCUCAGUCCAGCAGUGAAGUCAGCCUACCCAUUCCCACUGCAGAAAUAGUUAUCUGCAGCUAAUUAGCUCACCUGUCAGUAGGAAUUAAUGAGGAAAGGAGCAAAUUGUGCACGCUGGGUGGAGUUCCCUUACCUGAUGUGUUCCCAUUGCUGGUGCUGUUGGCCAAAUCCUGCUUCCCUGGCGUGAGUUGGUUGCAUCACUUUGAAGUCUACUGAACCUUUAGCAGCCUGGUUUGAGCAGCAAACGGCAGCAGCAUCUGUCUGUGCUGCACUGUGCUCCCCCUAUAACUCUAGCAAUAAACUAUUCUGACCUGC